CAUUACUGUCAACUGUCAUUCUGUUGUCCCUUGUUACGUAAACUGUCAAGGAAGAAUUGUAUUUUUACAAUUUUUCCUAUCAGCCUCGAGAAAAGCCAAAACUAAGGGCUUUUUAGUUGAUAAUCGUUAAAUAUCAGCUAGAACUGUUAUAUAGACACAUAUUAAAAGUUUGUGAAAGUUUAACAUAUAAUUAUUUAGGAACAACAUGGCUGCAACAGUCGGUCGAAUCUGUGGAGCUGGCUUAUUUAAAUCAAAUAGUUUGGCUACCGUGAACCAGAUUUCUUCAUAUUCUACAACAAGAGAAUGGACAAGGGGCAGAAAAGCAUUUUUAGGUAGUUUAGGAUUGCUAGCUGGAGGUGCUGGUGCCCUUAUGUACACCCUUGAUCAAUCUGUAAAGGCUACUGACCUAGAGUUGCAUCCUCCGAAAAAUAUGUGGAGCCACAAUGGUUUAUUCAGUUCCCUUGAUCAUGCCAGCGUGCGCAGGGGCUACGAAGUGUACAAGCAGGUGUGCGCCGCCUGCCACUCGCUGCGCUUCAUCGCGUUCCGAAACUUGGUGGGUGUGUCGCACACGGAGGAGGAGGCCAAAGCGGAGGCGGAGGACCAGAUGAUCGAGGACGGGCCCGACGACCAGGGCAACAUGUUCAAGCGGCCCGGCAAGCUGUCCGACUACUUCCCCAGCCCGUACCCGAACGAGGAGGCGGCGCGGGCGGCCAACAACGGGGCUUACCCGCCGGAUUUGAGUUACAUCACGUCGGCGCGACACGGAGGCGAGGACUACAUUUUCGCACUUUUGACCGGUUACUGCGACCCACCGGCUGGACUUGUCCUGCGCGAAGGCCAAUACUUCAACCCCUACUUCCCCGGAGGGGCCAUUUCCAUGGCGCAAGCGCUCUACAACGAAGCCAUGGAGUACACGGACGGCACUCCGCCCACUGCCAGCCAACUCGCUAAGGACGUUUCGACCUUCCUCAAGUGGACCGCCGAGCCGGAACACGACGACAGGAAGAGGAUGCUGAUCAAGGGCAUAGCUAUCUUCACUUUCCUCAUCGCUACCAGUUAUUACGUGAAGAAGUUGAAGUUUGCUUCGCUCAAAACGCGCAAGAUCGAGUUUAGGCCCAAGAAUAAUUGAUGAGCACGAAGGUUUUCGAGUCUAGCGUGACGAUUAUAGAUGAAUUCAGUUUAAGUGUAACUUAUAUUUGUAUAUAUGAUUAUUGAAAAAAAAAUUGUCCAUCUGUUGAAUUGGUAUGAUUGAUUUUACCUUGUCUAUAUUUAUUUUCCCAGCUAUUAUUAUACUUCCUAAGUCCGUUUAAUGUCACGUUGUUUCAAUACAAAAUGAAAAUCAAAAAAAAUUGUCCAUCUGUUGA